AUGUCGCUUCACCGCACAUCGAUUCAGGCUUCGACUUCACCGUCAUCAAAAUUUAGAGUACCUGAAUCUACUCUUGAAGUCUAUGCUAGGCUUAAGCGUAGCUGCGAUAUGCACAAAUGUCGCAACUUGUCUGUACAUGGACGCGCGACCGUGUUGAAUACACUUCUCCUCUCCAAAAUAUGGCACGUGUUACGCGUUACUUGGAUUCCUAAGGAAACUUUGGAUAAAAUUACCUCCAUCGGCCGCCAAUUUGUUCAACAUCAUCAAUUUCCUUAUAUUAGCUGCAAUGUGUUGCUGCAACCUACACAACGCGGUGACCUUGGUCUUCUCGAUCCUGCAAUUCAACAAAGCCUUCUCGCAUAUCGGUGA